AUGGAUUUCGUGACGCGGUCUUUAAACAGAUACGUUGAGGUCGUCUGCAAGUGGGAGUGCGCGGAGAGACUGAAAGAAAACAGCCAGCUGAUCGCGUCCAAAGGCUACCCGGUCAAGGAGUACUCCAUCACCACGAAAGACGGCUACAUUUUAGGGCUCCAGAGAAUUCCCUGGGGCAGAGAUCAGCCCCGUGUCAGCGGAGGCAAGCCGCCGGUGCUCGUCGUUCACGGCCUGCUGUGUUCUGCGGCGGACUGGGUCAUCAACUACCCCAAGGACAGCCUAGGCUUCAUCUUGGCUGACCACGGUUUCGACGUCUGGCUGGGGAACGUCCGUGGUAACACGUACUCAAGACAGCACAGGACGCUGUCUAUCCACGGAAGGUCAAAGUUCUGGCAGUUUAGCUUCCACGAGCAGGGAAUAUACGACAUACCCGCCAUGGUGGACUUCGUGCUGAAAGAGACCGGCAUGCCCCAGCUCUUCUACGUCGGCCACUCGCAGGGAACCAUGGUCAUGUUUGUCCUGCUCUCUGAGAUGCCAGAGUACAACCGAAAGAUAGCGGUUUUUGCGGCGCUGGCGCCAGUGUCAACGAUCACUCACAUCAAGAGUCCCAUCAGACUGCUCGCGCCCAUGUGCCGCGUCUCCAAGGUAUGCCUGAAGAUCUUGGGCGUCGGCGAAGUGGGCAAGAGUUCCCGCUUGAUGAAGCUGGUGCGGAAGAAGACGUGCACAUCCAGAUACACCAAGGCCAUCUGCUCCAACCUCAUGUUCCUCCUGUUCGGUCCCGACACCAAGUUUAUGAACAAGACGCGGCUCAACGUGUACCUGACCCACGAUCCCGCCGGAACGUCGGUGAAAAACCUCGUCCACUUCGGCCAAAUGAUCAAUUCAAAGAAGUUUCGCAAGUUUGACUACGGGCCGACGAAAAACCUGAAACUGUACGGUCAGCGCGAGCCGCCCGAGUAUCCCCUGGAGAGAAUCAGGGCACCCGUGGCGCUGUUUUGGAGUCCGACGGACUGGAUGGCACCGUCCCGAGACGUGCAAGGGCUCAGGAAACGGCUCCGGAGCGUGGUGCUCGACUACAAGAUGCCGAUCGACGACUUUGGACACCUGGACUUCCUCUUCGGGACUAACGUGACCAAAGUGCUCUACGCCAGAGUCGUCGCGCUAUUCCAACACUACUUAAAAGGGAUGCACGCAAACGAACGUCUAGAAUAAAGAAAAAAAAA